UCUAUUGUCAUUGUAGGAACAUUUAAUCAAACUACAAACACACAAAGAACCACACUGAGUCGUACGGGUAAAAGAUUUAUCUUUUGUUUCUUUUGAGAUAAAGUUCUUUAAAGUUGACUCGGUGCUGCACAGAUUGACUCUUGAGAUUAUUUGCCUUAUUUCCUUUCUUAAAUGAUGUAGUUUAGUACCAGUCAGAUGGCUGUCGUGUUGCAAUAGGUGAAAAUGUGGUGUGUGUGUGUUUAGCCUGGAGGAAGCUGUAACAAUAGGAUACUUUUCAUGAUUCCUAUUGCUUGUAUAAAUAUUUAAAAUCCUGUGCACAGCUCACACUGUAACAUGUUUCCAGGUGUGAGCAGGCAUUGCAGUUGAUGUGAGGAGAUGGAGUGUGAAAUGUGGACUCCUGUUCACGCUGCUCUUUUUAAGUCGUUCCACUGAAUAAUGUGAUCUGAGAUGUUUUCAUGGUUUUGUGAUGUUUCAUCAGCCUUUCAUGUUGGAUUCAGUAAAACGAUUUGACUGCUUGGUGCCUGCCUGAUAUCAAAGAACAGAAACAGCCUUCUAAUCCUGCAUUUGCUCUUCUUGUCUUUGUAUUAUAAAGUCAUCGCAGUAAUGACAAGUGCAUCUAAAAAGCCGGGCAAUAUUUUAAAACCUACUGUGGAACUGAAACAGUCAUUCAAAUUGUGCCUUAAGCUGGUUCUCAUGUAAACCAGUUAUUGUAGUGUUGUGUGAUUCUUUCUCUUUCAAGUGUGCAAAUAUCUAUUUCAAAUGACAUAAAGUGGAUAAAAAUUUGUCACUACUUAGUGUUGUUUUAAGACUACAACACAACAUGUAUAGGAAAUGUUUUUAGAAUAUGUCAUUUUUUGUGGAAAAUGCGAGCUGGAAAAAGAAACAGCUCUGCUUUGCUUUGAUGUUUUUAAUACAUUAAUAGCAGUGUAGGGUUUUAUAUUGUUUGCAUUUGAGAUGGUCAUUUAGAAAACUUGUGAUUUGUUUUCUGCAACCUUCUCUAUUAUUGAUCCAGCACACGUUGCAAAUUGAAAUGAAAGCAAAUUGUCUAUUAGAUUAGUCUUUUUGAAUCUCUAGAUUUACAUUUCCUUGUUGAAAAAACUUUGACAAAGGGAGCUUGAUUGCAGCACGUAACAGGAAAGGAGAUUGAAGGGAUCAAGGCACCUUUGAAAGAUGUAAUCGGUGAAGUUAUCUCAUGCAGGUCGUGGCUUGAAUGAACACCUUGAAUGUUCAUUCAAACUGCUGUCCACACUGUCCAGCAGUUUGAAACAAAUUGCUGUCCAACCUGUUUGGCCAUUUGUAGUUUUAACAGCAAAAGUCACUUAACAAGGCAAAUGGCUGUGAUAGAAUCAAAAUAGAUCCAAAUUUAAUUCAGACAUAUUCAAAUGUAUGAUAUGUCUGAAAAAAUAUAAUCAUAAAGUCAACAUGAUCUAAGUCAGAUUCAGAUCAAACUAGGUAAUUCAGCUAAUUCAAAUUGCAUUACAAUACAGACAAUUUUUGAUGCCAGUUAUCACUCAGACCCCACAGAUUACUGAUCCCCUCAGCCUGAGAUUAAUUUAUUCUGAUCACAAAAAAGGUUAUAUGUCAUUCGUUGAAUGUCUCUUUUUUUAAUUGAGCUAUUUUUGUGUUAAGUGGUUAUAACCUUUUAUAGGCUUUAUAGCUUAGGUUCAUAAACUGUUCAGGUUAAAAAUGUUCCAGCCAUCCUGACCUUUUGCCUACAUACAUGGGCUUGAGAUUGUUAACAAUUCUUUUAAUGCUGAUUUAUUCUGGCAUUCAACCUUUUUAGGACUUUUCCAACAUACCUGCAUGUACCAUUAUAGAUUACAAUCUUCAGAGUUAGAAAGUUAUGAGGGAACUCUGACAAAGACUAUGUAUUUUUGUUGCAUUUUACGAAAAAUUUAGUUUGAACUAAAACUAAGCUCUGUGUGCUCUUUUUGUCUUUAAAGGAGAGACAAAAAGUUACAUUUUAAUACUUACAGUUUGAUUCACAACAUUUUCACUUGUAAAUGGUAUUUUAAUAAUAUUUGAAAAUUAGUUUAUAACAGCUUUUCUUGUACUUUUGAUUGUGUUCUCUAUUCAUGUAGAAAUGCUAGUUUUAACACUAAAAGCCAGAGAGUGAAAGAAAAGGGGGGAAAUAAGUGUGCCACAUGUAGCAGAACAUUUCAGAGGCAGUUUGUGCAGUGAACAGGCGAGGCGCUGUGCAUGCUCUGCUGUGCAGCCUCAGCUCCGCACAGACAUGAGAGACAGCCACGGAGAGGAGAGCGGACUGUCCUCUUUGUUGUUGGUAAAGUCCUGCGCGUCCUAACCAUGACACCGCGGGCAGAAACUGGUGUCGCUCCAGCUGCCCGAUGCGCACCGAAGCGGCCGGAGGAUCUCCACCGGAGCUUUUUCAGAGAAGCAUAACUAGAAUACUGGAUCCAACAGUUGUGCAGCGUGGGCACUGCAGGGUUCAUGGAUGCUGGGACUAUGAGCAUCAGCGACCAAAGGGGCUUCAUCUCUGACCUGGGAGGCAGCUUCACUGAGGAUGCUCCCAGACCUCCAGUUCCCGGGGAGGAAGGAGAGCUGGUGUGCGGUGACGGUCGCCAGCACGGCAACCUCACCUUCUCCUCCAAGAAUGAGGGCGCCAAAUGUGAGGCGUCUGUGGCCACGCCCAGGCGGUCAGACCUGGAUCUGGGCUACGAGCCAGAGGGCAGUGCUUCUCCAACACCACCCUACUUAAAAUGGGCAGAGUCCCUUCAUUCUCUCCUGGAUGACCAGGAUGGCAUCCUUCUGUUCGGGAAAUUUCUCAGGCAAGAGGACUGUGCGGACAUGCUGGACUUCUGGUUUGCAUGCAGUGGCUUUCGCAAACUGGAAGCCAGCGAGGGGAACGAGGAGAAGAAAGUAAAGCUGGCGAAAGCCAUCUAUAAAAAGUACAUCCAGGACAACAAUGGAAUCGUCUCCAGACAAAUCAAACCAGCUACCAAGUCUUUCAUCAAAGAUUGUUUGAUGAGGCUUCACAUUGAUCCUGCGAUGUUUGACCAGGCUCAGACCGAGAUACAGAGCAGGAUGGAGGAAAACACUUAUCCUUUGUUCCUUAAAUCUGACAUAUAUUUGGAAUACACACAGACAGGAGGAGAGAGCCCCAAGCUGUGCAGCGACCGAAGCUCUGUUUCUGGGAAUGAAAAGGGACUGACAGGGUAUUUACCAACUCUAAAUGAAUAUGAGGGGCCAGAGGAGACCGAGCGUGACCUGACCCCAAGCAGCCAGCUCACUCAAAAGCUGUUGAUGGAGACGGUACCGCAGCAAGCUGCCAGCAGUGCAAAAUUCCAGGACAACCAGGAGUACAGGCAUGGCCCGUGUCGAGAAUCCAUCAACCCGUACUACGUCAACAUUGGUCAUGUUCUGGCCCCAGCCACCAGUGCCAAUGACAGUGAGCAGCAGAGCAUAUCCAGUGACGCAGAGACACUUUCGCUCACAGACAGCAGUGUAAAUGGUGUUCCACCGUACCGAUACCGCAAACAGCAUCGCCGGGAGAUGCAUGAGAGUGCCAAAGCAAAUGGGCGAGUGCCACUACCUCAUUUUCCACGCACAAACCGGAUUCCAAAGGACAUACACGUGGAGCCGGAGAGGUUCGCUGCCGAGCUGAUCAAGAGAUUGGAGGGCGUCCUGAGGGAGAGGGAGGCUGAGGAGAAACUGGAGGAGAGGCUGAAAAGAGUGCGACUGGAGGAAGAAGGAGAUGAAGUGUCCUCGCCCUCAUCAUUACCCAGUCAAAGAUUCCCCCCUAGUGCUUAUUCACUGAAUUACAACCCACGCUAUGCUGACAUCACAUACAGCAGUCCUUUUGUCCAAGAUGCUCACGAGGAAAACCCAGAGAGUAUCCUGGACGACCACGUCCAGCGGGUCAUGAAGACGCCCAUCUGCGAGUCUCCAGGAACCGGGCGCCACUCCCCCAAGUCGCGCUCUCCAGAUGGUUUCUCAGGGGUGAGAGGGGUGGCACAGUCAGGUCAGGGGAAACAUUCAGCCAGACACGGUUUGAAAGGAGAGACGAACCAUGGGUACCACCACAAAUAUGUGCCUCACAGUCACAUGACUGCGGUGGACCCUGAAGGGGCCACGCGUACACACGGCAACCCCUCCUGGAACCUGGAGACGAGCUAUUACGGCUCAAAAUCUCGAAGCUAUGCAGACGGCAUGACAUCUAACCCUGUGGAGCACAUAGGCUACAGCAGCAAAACUGGCCCGCAGUGUAAAAGGGCGUUCAAGAGAGGUGAAGAGGCGAGAGCUUAUGAUGUGCCAUGGCCUGCGGAGGAAGUGGAGAAAAAACAAAAAAUCCUGUUGUGGCUGAUGGAGGGACAGAAAGAAAUGGCUCAACAAAAAAGAAGCCCACAUGGGAGUGUCAGUGGGUCCAAGAGGACUGCGAACCAUGAGGGAUCUCGCCUCGGCUCCUCAGACAGAUCAGGGUCCAUGCAUUCAUGCCUCAGCGGCCAAGGGCGCAGCAACGUGCAGCCGUUUCACCCAUUCAUCCAGGACCCUACUAUGCCUCCUAACCCGGCUCCCAGCCCCCUCAUCCAACUGGAGGAAGUUUGUCGACGGCUUGAAGAGGAAAAGCUGAAGUCUGGAUCUCUGCAGCCCAAGCAGAGGUAUGUGAUGGAGGUGAUCCAAAGGGGUCGCGCAGCAGUCAGGCCUGCACCGGUCCCUCUGCUCAACGUGGUGCCCGCCGUUUCAGACAGCGAGCUCUCCGAGCCAGAACAUAAAGCCACUAAAAAGCAAUCAUGUGAGAAUAUUACUGUGGCCUACUACUUUUGCGAGGAGCUGAUACCAUACAGGACGUCUGUCAGAGGGAGGGUUGUCACAUUGGGCCAGUUCAAAGAACUUCUUACAAAGAAAGGAAACUACAGAUAUUAUUUCAAGAAGGUGAGCGAUGAGUUUGACUGUGGGGUGGUAUUCGAAGAGAUACGCGAGGAUGACGCUGUCUUGCCCAUCUUCGGGGAAAAGAUCAUUGGGAAAGUUGAAAAGGUUGACUGAUGUGAACGCCGAAGGGGAAAAAGGCAAAGCUGAAGUGGAGAGCAGAAGCUGAAGGUGAAAAGGAAGUGAGAAACAGAGAUCAGAGGAAAGUGAGACAGCAGGGAUGGUUAAGAAGUGCUGAAGAGAAGACCUCAUUCACAUUUUUUGGAGUUCGAUGUAGCAUUGUAAAGUUUUCUAGACAGAUGAAGAACAAAAGGACUCCUGAAGCUGCAUAUUUUUGAUAAAGAUAGAUCAGAGGAAGCCUUUCCUGAAGUAGCAGCACUUCCAAUUUUUUAAAUGUCCAGAUGCCAGAUAUGUACAGUUUGUGUUAAAAGGGUAAUCACUUUUUUAUUAUUAUUAUUGUAUUUCAUCUACUUAAAAUGAAAUGGUUGAGUUUUAUUAAAAUGAUUCUCGGGUUAAAGUUGAUAGAAAAUCCUUUUCAAAGCCGACAUUUUUUCUUUUUUUUUGGCUUGAAUGUUUGUGAUCUUCUAAGUGCUUUUAUAUGUUAUCAGAACUUUAUUUUGAUAGGCUGCUUGUUUAUCCACAUGUUGUGAACAUGUUUUCUCAGUUGAGGUUUUCUUAAUCUUACAGACGGACUCCUCAGAAUCUUUUGGCACAGUUUGGAAGGUUUAAUGUCAUUUAAGAUAUUUAAUGGACACUGAGAGUAAUUUCAUAUCAAAUUAAUCUAUUUAUUACAAGAAUAUCAGAACUGACUCAGUUGUGUGAAAUAUUUCUGGUGUUCCUGGUUUGGUGUACACUGACUGGCAAUAAAGCUAGCAUCAUUUUUAGGUGACUAGAUUUAUUUAUUUUUUUGCCCAAUAGCAGCUAAAAGUAACAAAAGAAAUGUGAUGCAAUAAUUUCUAAACUAAAAAGAAAAAUUGGAAUCCAAAUGUGAAUCUAUGCAAAAUUAUCACAAAAAGUAUUUGCCUCUUGGCAUAUUUCUUCUAAUUUUUCCCUUUUGGUCACUUUCCUUCAGAUCAUCAAAUAAAUUUUUAUAUCAAGCACAACCACAGUAGAGACAAAAUGUUUUCAAAUUAUUUAUGUAAGAAACAAAAGCUCUCCAAACCAAUAUGGCGCCCUAUGCGCGGAAGCGUAAUUACCCUCCAAACAUUAUAACUGGUUGUGUGACUCUUGCCAGCAAAAACUACCAUCAGUCUUUUAACUAGUAGAGAUUCUUUUAAAUAUUUUUUUGAAUCUUUGAAUAUGUAGUUACUAUUGAAUAAUAUUUUAUGCUUAAACAUUUUCAUGUUAAUGCUAUCUGUACAACUAAAAAAGCAGCUAUUUUACUGGUAGGUUAUAAGAAGAAAAUCCCUGAAACUUUUGUUGUUUUUCUUUUCUUUUUUUUUGGCAUUUGACUUGCAGUCAGUAAUUGUCAUUAUGUUUAUUUUCCAAGAUUUCUUAAAGAAUGAACUCCAUCAUACAUAUGUUGUUGCAGUAUUUCUUUUAUUGCAACUUUAAACCUUGAAUAACUCUGUAGUCUGUAAAUCAAUGAAAAUGCAGGCUGAUUCCUAACCGGAAGCCUUCUCUGUGUGCCUGGCAGGAGUAUUUUGAUCUAUAUGUGAUAAACACAUUUUGCACCAAAGAAAAAAAAGAUAUCUUUCCGAACGACCCAUUUAAACGUCAUUUUACAGCAGCGCUUUAUAUCACAGUUGCUACUUUUUCGUAGUAGAAAACACACUGAAGACCUAACCUGUUUUUAUGAUUGGGAUUUUCUUAUAAAUAUCAGCAAAGGACUGAAGAAACACUUGAUGAAGCUUGCAGAGUUACCGUUUUCCUUCUACUCGAUGAGUAAAAUGUCUCUGUCAUUUUACAUAGCCUACCAUCCUGGCCAUGUAAAGACAAUGCUAAGGAUAUUUUCUGCACUGAAAUGGCACAAAAACUAAUACUAAUGGCUCGGUGUCGGCCAAGUUUGCAAAGACAAAAUGCGUAUUCAAGGCCACCACAUUUGUUUGUUUUUUUAUUUCUUAUCAUUGCGCUGGAAUCCAUAGUGAGAAAUGAGCCAUUGUAAGGAUGUGGAUUCUUAUAGCAAACAAGAACACUGGUAGACCAUGAAUGCAGAGAGCUGUAUGUGUUUUAUUGGAACACGACAUGUUACAUUUUUUCUUUGUUUUUAAAGAUGCUGCUUUUUCAGCUUACUAACUUAAAUCAAUUUAAUAUAUUUGUUGUUCAUUAGUGUCUAAUAAUUACUGGCUUGUUAAUUUAUGUGGUUUCAACAUCCUCUGUGUGAGUUAUUUUUCAUCCCUUUGAAACAAAGAAUCUGUUCUGUAUGAGCUCAUCUCCUUAUUAAAUCAAUGUAAUGUAUACACUGAAUUACAGAGUGCCUUUAUUGCUGUGCUAAUGAUGUCUGCAGCCCAACGUGACACAAUUUCCUCCUUUGUUGAGAUUUUUUUCAUGUGAAUCACUUUUUUUCCAACCUAUUUAUGUAAAUGUAAAUAUGUAGAAUCUAAGCUGUCGGCAGUAAGCAGCUCAGCCUUCACAUUUACAGUCUUGGACCUGUUUUUUUUUUUUCUUGUUUUGUUCACUAAUUAGCAUGGUGACCAUUUUAAGGUACCAGAAUAAUAAAUUCAUGCAAUAAACCACUA